AUGAUGGUCCAUGAGUUUGAGAUGCUUUCCCUGUUGUUGUCGGUCCUGCCAGCACCAUUCCCCAUUGUCGCACGGGGCUCCCGGGCAUCUCAUAAGCUGGUAGACUCGCCGCCAUGGAUCAAGCUCGCCAGUAGCCUCCAGCUCUGCAUCCAUCCGGGCGCUCAGCUCUGCAAGGCCUAUAGCUGUGGCACCUCGCCCAGCGGGCCGACCCGUAGUGGCAAGUUUUUUGUAGUCCUGCUGAAUCUGGAGCUUCAGCCUCUUCCCAGCGCGGAGAAGCUGGCUCCAUCCUUGAAGUUGCUCCUCAAUACUUAG